AAAAUUUGUUCGUAGGUUAGAAAUCUGACUGUUUUGGCCUAAAAAGACUGUCCAAUUUUUAUAUAUCAAACCUGUUACAGGUUAAUCUGUCCAGUUUUUGUUCGUAGGUUAUAUAUUAAUACUUUAUUGUCAUUUCUGUGCGCGCGCGUUACUAUUGUGUCAGAUUAAUCUCGAAGUAACUAAGUAGCCUUAAGUUCAAACGCUUGCAUCGACUAUUGCUAUUAGUUGCAUGAAAUAAAAGUUGAAUUUGUAACCGGGCAAUGACCCAUAUAAGCACAACGAAGUGCCCAAGUUAGGCUGGUGAAGUUUCACUCUGCGACCUGAAACAGGUGAAUCUACGCUCUUCGGACCCGGAAUGCAGCGCAGGCCGGCCAUUGAGAUCGCUGCCACCAUUCUGCUCCUGCUUCAUGUACUCCUGUUCUCACCGGCCGCCAUGUCCGCCGCCUUGGCUCCGUCUGUAGCCGAUGAUCUCGGCCCGGACGUCUACAUUGUCUUCGUUAGCCGUGCUGACUACGUCGACUCCGUGGACUACGACCUCCGCCUGCUCGCUUCCGUCGUCGGAAGCACAGCGGAAGCCAAGGGGGCGCUGCUCUACCACUAUAGCGGCCUCGGUUUCGCGGCGCGGCUCGCAUUCAAACACGCUGAUCAAUUGUCAAAGAAGGAGGGCAUUGCUGUCUUCAAGGACAAGACGUACCAUGUCGAGGAAGAUGGUCACUUGCCUCGUUUCUUCGAAGAGAAUGUCUGAGCUGUCAAAUGAAGCUUGCACACGACAACUUCAUUACAAACGUCGUUUGGAGUACACCAGUGCGGCGAUCUGAAAUAGAUUCUAAAGUUUGGUAUCAAGCAUACACUUGCCAUGGUGUGAAAUAGAUUCUAA